AUGGGAGUUUCGGUUGACAACAAGACAGCUGUAUUGCGCAUUUUGGGGCUUUCGACGGCUGCAUUGAUUCACCGGAUUCUGGAUGUUACCAAUUGUGAAUCAAUCCAAGAAGUGCUGUUCUACGAAACAGAAUCAUUUGAAGCACUUCCGAUUCUUGCGACACUUCCGCAUAUCGAACAAAUCUUCGUCUGGCAUGAGUGUAACGAAGGUUUUGUUCAAAAAAUGUUUGAAAUGCUGUCGAAAAAGACAUCGAAUAUUGAUAUGUAUCAAAACUGGUACGGAAACCUUGAACAAUUUCAAAAGGUUCUCAUGCUGAACAUGCAUAGUAUCACAAUCAAUGUCUUAAUGGUCAGGGACCCAACCCGUUUUCGGCUGUCUCUAGAUGACCUUGUCGUUUGCAAUGCUGUACAUCUACAUCUCCUUGGAGUUAUGGUCGAUGUGAAAACUCUCAACCGUUUUUUCAAGUUGUGGAUGAGAAACAAGUCUAAUCCCCGACUGGAACAUCUGAAAUUCAUGACACUAGAAGAGGUGAGUACAGAUGUCCUUUUGAAGGGACUCAGUGUCAUCAAGAUGCCACAAACUACAACAAGAACAUUCCGAGUCUCGGACUAUGCAAAUGCCCGGUGCAAAGAAAAAGUUGUGACUGGAGGGUUGGAUGUGAUAAAAUCGGAUGGGAAAAGAGCAACUUUGGAAGUUGAAGCGAUGGCUGGAACAACAGUUGUAGAGUUUUUUGUUUGGAUGUAA